AUGGGACCUGCAGGAAGCGGGAAGUCAACCUAUUGCGCUACCAUGAUGACACAUUGUCAAACAGCUGGACGUCGCGUUCACCUUGUCAAUCUUGAUCCUGCUGCAGAAAGCUUUGAAUAUGAACCUACAAUUGACAUUAGAGAUUUGAUCACUUUAGAAGAUGUAAUGGAAGAACUGAAUUAUGGACCCAAUGGUGGUUUGAUCUAUUGCUUAGAAUUUUUAGUAAACAAUAUAGAUUGGCUCGAAGAAGAGAUAGGAGACUAUGAAGAUGAUUACCUUAUAUUUGAUUGCCCUGGACAAAUAGAACUUUACACCCAUUUUCCUAUUAUGAAAAGAUUAUGCGAGGCAUUAGCUCGUCUUAAUAUGUCUGUUUGUGGAGUUUACUGUUUGGAAUCACAAUUUAUUGAAGACAAGAGUAAAUACUUUUCUGGUGUGCUGAGUGCGAUGAGUGCCAUGGUCAAUCUAGAGAUACCUCAUAUUAAUGUUAUGACAAAGAUGGAUUUGAUUGAAGGAGAUUAUGGUAAUAAACGAGCAGGCGAAGAAGAAGACGAACAAGAUGAGGAUGAUGAAGAAAGUGCAGCAGCCCAAAAGAGACGUAGACAGAGAAGAAGAAGAAGACUUAUGGAAAAAGCAAUGACAGAAAGAGAAUUGGACAGAUACUUGGAACCUGAUCCACUAUUAAUAGCAGAAGAAGCAGAGGUUGUUUAUGAAGGGGAAGAGCAACCAACAGCCAGGAGUUUAAAGUUUCAGGCUUUGACACAGGCUAUUGUACAAUUGAUUGAUGACUACAGUAUGGUUAAAUUUAUACCGCUAAAUAUUACAGAUGAAGAUUCUAUCGAAUACGUUUUAUCACACGUGGACAAUUCAAUGCAGUAUGGCGAAGAUUUAGAACCAAAAGAGCCUGAAGAUGUACCAGAGUAUGAAUAA